UCUUAGUAAUGGAAGCUCUCAUAUUUGUUCAAACAGAGAAAGACCGGGAGAACCACCAUUCCAAAGGCCGAAGCCUGAGAGCAGCACACUGUAAUCCACUGAGACUGGAGCUGAUGAUCGUCUGUGUCGCGAUCUUCGGUCGUCAGAACAAUCCACUGUACAUACAGAGUUUUACUGAAGCAGACGAUGUACUCGAGCUCCACCACAUAGUUCACUGUUCCCUUGACGUGGUCGAUGAGAGAGUGAAUAACCUGAAGAAAUCUGGCCCGAUGCUGAAUGAGACGUUCCUUGGAUUGCUUUAUCCGACUGAGAUUUAUAAAGUGUGUGGUUAUUUGACUAACACGAAGGUGAAAUUCAUCUUGGUCACUUUGGAUUUAGAUGUCAGGGAUGCUGAUGUAAGAAAUUUGUUUCGGAAGUUCCAUGCUGCCUUUGUGGAUGCAGUUUCAAAUCCGUAUCACGUGCCAGGUAAAAAGAUCACAUCCAGAACUUUUGCAGAAAGAGUAAGCAAUAUAGUCAAGUCAUUUGGUUUGAGCUCGGCAGUCUAAUCUCAGUAAAUGCACUUCUAAAGCUGUUGGAUUGCUUCAAGCAACCAUUGUUCUCUGCCUCUGGCUAGGAAUUGAACAAAUAUUGUACGAAAUUGGAGUCUUGAGUUGUAGCAAAAAAAAAAAAGUGUUUUUACCUCUUAAUUAGAGAUGGUUCUUUUAUUUUAGUGCAUAUUAUUCCUGACGAACUUGACAUGCAUCCACUUUAAUCGCAAAUGUAACUCCGCCCUUUAUCUUUCCCUUUGAUAUUUUAGAUGGAGGCUAUAUUUGAUCCAAAAUAAUUUGCAAUAAAGUUAAACGAUUAAUUAA